AUGACAUUUGGCAAGGACAUCUUACCUGACAUCGCACGUAAACAGGAAGAUGGGAAUGACUUAUGCGAACUCAAACUAAUUUUUCUGGUUCCGAUAAAGAUGGAAGGCCGAUCGCUUGAGCAUGGACUGGCACAGAAGCUGAUGAUACUGGAGAAUGCUGCAGCAAGAAUUGCAACACUGAGAGCACAAUUGAGAACGAAUAUUGACCAGGCUCGCAAAGAUGUGAGAGCUGUUAUGUCGCAGCAGAUGCUGCUCGUACGUGCCAGAGAACAGGAGUUGCUGGAUGAGCUCGAUGUUAUAAUGAGUCACAGGGAAAGAACUUUGGAGAAUCAGCAACAGUCUCUAUACAAAAACAUCUGGGAGUGCAAACAAGCACUGGAAAAGGUUCGUGAAGGUAGCUCGACGUCGGGCGUGGUUGAUAUUUUAUCUAGAAUUGGCCAUGUUGACCUGUCAGUCCGAGAGUCAGCGCAUGUGUCGUUCGAGUCGGAUGCAAUUGGACUUCGGUCGACACUUCUUUCAUUCGGCACUAUUCGCACUUCUUCAAGACACGAUAAUGUUAACAGGCCGAUACCUGGUGAAAGUCUUCCAAUGGAGAUGGAAGAGUAUGAUGAUGAUGAUGCACUGAUGGCUCAUAAGUCAGUGCUGCGUAUGAGAUCCAACCCGUCUAGUUCCAGUAGUAUAAGCAGACAGCAGGUUGAGUCGGUGAGGAAGUGGUUGAAAAAGAUUCCAUCAGGACCCGGUGCACUCGAUGCUGACGUUACAACUAUUAUGGCCGAGUUCGAUGUGAUCAAGAACUCUUCCACACCUGAAGCAGAAGCAGAAAGUUCGGACUCGGCUUCUUCGUUUGAUCUUGUCGCUGAGGAUAGCAGUACUCCUGCAGCUCCAGCAACACCAGUGGAGAAGGUCUUAAGUGCCGAAUUCCUGAAUACCCUUCAACAACCAUUAUCGUCGUGGCUGAUGCGUGUUAUGCCGAAGGAACGGCAAAAGGUUGAAACGAAUUCGAAAGUUGCUGUGGAGGAACCUGUGCGACCAAUGAAACGUCCUCAUAGCUGUGGAGACAUGAGAAGGCACUAUGGUUUUCAAGAUGUGAUCAGUAGUGUUCAUGCUUCAAGUAAUGACGCUUGGAUCUUGGGAUCGGAACCAGUAAAAAAGACUCGGACUGAAAAACAAUCUUCGUGCACGAAAGAGGAGACUUCGGCAAGUGAGCAGGAAUGUGAAGCCCAGAAUGUCCCUUUCAAUGAAAAUGAGUUCGUUUCUCAUCUCUCAAAGCUGUUCCUGUGCAAUUCUUCAAUGACACCAUUAGGACGAACUUCUUCCGCUGACAAAACCCGGUCACAAGAGAUCGAUCUGAGAACUGUGUUGGGAUGGAAACAAGUGUUGGACAAAAUCGAACAAUCAGCGCCGUAUUGGCUUCUUAGCGAGAAACAUUGA